CAUGAUGGUGAACAGCUCCGGGAGGGCCUCCGGCCAGAAGGCCCACCUCCUCCUGCCCACCUUGAAGGAGAAUGACACGCACUGCAUCGAUUUCCAUUACUACUUCUCCAGCCGCGACAGGUCCAGCCCGGGCGCCUUGAACGUCUAUGUGAAGGUGAACGGCGGGCCCCAGGGGAACCCCGUCUGGAACGUGUCCGGCGUCGUCACCGAGGGCUGGGUGAAGGCAGAGCUGGCCAUCAGCACCUUCUGGCCACAUUUCUACCAGGUGAUAUUUGAAUCCGUCUCUUUGAAAGGUCAUCCUGGCUACAUCGCUGUGGACGAGGUCCGGGUCCUCGCACAUCCAUGCAGAAAAGCACCUCACUUUCUGCGGCUCCAAAAUGUCGAGGUGAACGUGGGUCAGAAUGCCACAUUCCAGUGCAUUGCUGGCGGGAAGUGGUCUCAGCAUGACAAACUUUGGCUCCAGCAAUGGAACGGCAGGGACACAGCCCUCAUGGUCACCCGGGUGGUCAACCACAGGCGCUUCUCGGCCACGGUCAGUGUGGCGGACACUGCCCAGCGGAGUGUGAGCAAAUACCGCUGCGUGAUCCGCUCCGACGGUGGCUCUGGCGUGUCCAACUACGCUGAGCUGAUCGUGAAAGAGCCUCCCACACCUAUUGCCCCCCCAGAGCUGCUGGCUGUGGGGGCCACGUACCUAUGGAUCAAGCCGAACGCCAACUCCAUCAUCGGGGACGGCCCCAUCAUCCUGAAGGAGGUGGAGUACCGCACCACCACGGGCACCUGGGCCGAGACCCACAUCGUGGACUCACCCAACUAUAAGCUGUGGCACCUGGACCCGGAUGUGGAGUAUGAGAUCCGGGUUCUACUCACAAGACCAGGAGAGGGGGGCACAGGGCCCCCGGGGCCUCCGCUCACCACCAGGACCAAGUGUGCAGACCCAGUGCACGGCCCGCAGAACGUGGAGAUUGUGGACAUCCGGGCCCGGCAGCUGACCCUGCAGUGGGAGCCCUUUGGCUACGCGGUGACCCGCUGCCACAGCUACAACCUCACGGUGCAGUACCAGUACGUGUUCAACCAGCAGCAGUACGAGGCUGAGGAGGUCAUUCAGACCUCCUCCCACUACACCCUGCGGGGUCUGCGGCCCUUCAUGACCAUCCGGCUGCGGCUCCUGCUGUCCAACCCCGAGGGCCGGAUGGAGAGCGAGGAGCUGGUGGUGCAGACAGAGGAGGACGUUCCAGGUGCUGUUCCCCUAGAGUCCAUCCAAGGGGGACCCUUUGAGGAGAAGAUCUACAUCCAGUGGAAACCUCCCAAUGAGACCAAUGGGGUCAUCACGCUGUACGAGAUCAACUACAAGGCUGUUGGCUCCCUGGACCCGAGUGCCGACCUCUCCAGCCAGAGGGGGAAGGUGUUCAAGCUCCGGAACGAAACCCACCACCUCUUUGUGGGUCUGUACCCAGGGACGACCUACUCCUUCACCAUCAAGGCCAGCACAGCCAAGGGCUUCGGGCCCCCCGUCACCACGAGGAUCGCCACCAAAAUCUCAGCUCCGUCGAUGCCCGAGUAUGACACAGACACCCCACUCAACGAAACGGACACGACCAUCACGGUGAUGCUGAAGCCUGCUCAGUCCCGGGGAGCCCCUGUCAGUGUUUACCAGCUGGUUGUCAAGGAGGAAAGACUUCAGAAAUCACGGCGGGCAGCUGACAUCAUCGAGUGCUUUUCGGUGCCUGUGAGCUAUAGGAACGCCUCCAGCCUGGAUUCUCUGCACUACUUUGCUGCUGAGUUGAAGCCCGCCAACCUGCCUGUCACACAGCCCUUCACAGUGGGUGACAACAAGACAUACAAUGGCUACUGGAACCCUCCUCUUUCCCCUCUGAAAAGCUACAGUAUCUACUUCCAAGCACUCAGCAAAGCCAAUGGGGAGACCAAAAUCAACUGUGUUCGUCUGGCUACGAAAGGUGCCUCCACCCAGAAUUCUAACACUGUGGAGCCAGAGAAGCAGGUGGACAACACCGUGAAGAUGGCUGGAGUGAUUGCUGGUCUUCUCAUGUUCAUCAUCAUUCUCUUGGGCGUGAUGCUCACCAUCAAAAGGAGAAAUGCUUAUUCCUACUCCUAUUACUUGAAGCUGGCCAAGAAGCAGAAGGAGACACAGAGCGGAGCCCAGAGGGAGAUGGGGCCUGUGGCCUCGACCGACAAACCCACCACCAAGCUCAGCACCAGCCGCAAUGAUGAAGGCUUCUCCUCCAGCUCUCAGGAUGUUAACGGAUUCACAGAUGGCAGCCGCGGAGAGCUGUCCCAGCCCACCCUCACCAUCCAGACCCACCCCUACCGGGCCUGCGACCCCAUGGAGAUGAGCUAUCCCCGGGACCAGUUCCAGCCGGCCAUCCGAGUGGCUGAUCUGUUGCAGCACAUCACCCAGAUGAAGAGAGGCCAGGGCUACGGGUUCAAGGAGGAAUACGAGGCCUUACCAGAGGGGCAGACUGCUUCAUGGGACACAGCCAAGGAGGAUGAAAAUCGCAAUAAGAACCGAUAUGGAAACAUCAUAUCCUAUGACCAUUCCCGAGUGAGGCUGCUGGUGCUGGAUGGAGACCCACACUCUGACUAUAUCAACGCCAACUACAUUGAUGGCUACCAUCGACCUCGGCACUACAUUGCGACUCAAGGUCCGAUGCAGGAGACGGUAAAGGACUUCUGGAGAAUGAUCUGGCAGGAGAACUCGGCCAGCAUCGUCAUGGUCACGAACCUCGUGGAAGUGGGCAGGCACCCAGCGGAACACACUGUGGGAAAUGCCACUCUAGGCCGUGCGGCGUCCCCCGGAAUGGUGAAGUGUGUGCGAUACUGGCCGGAUGACACUGAGGUCUACGGCGACAUUAAAGUCACCCUGAUUGAAACAGAGCCCCUGGCAGAAUACGUCAUACGCACCUUCACGGUCCAGAAGAAAGGCUACCACGAGAUCCGGGAGCUCCGCCUCUUCCACUUCACCAGCUGGCCCGACCACGGCGUCCCCUGCUAUGCCACUGGCCUCCUGGGCUUUGUCCGCCAAGUCAAGUUCCUCAACCCCCCCGAAGCCGGGCCCAUCGUGGUUCACUGCAGCGCCGGGGCCGGGAGGACCGGCUGCUUCAUCGCCAUCGACACCAUGCUCGACAUGGCCGAGAACGAAGGGGUGGUGGACAUCUUCAACUGUGUGCGGGAGCUCCGAGCCCAGAGGGUCAACCUUGUGCAGACGGAGGAGCAAUACGUGUUUGUGCACGACGCCAUCCUGGAAGCGUGCCUCUGCGGCAACACCGCCAUCCCCGUGUGCGAGUUCCGCUCCCUCUACUACAACAUCAGCAGGCUGGACCCCCAGACCAACUCCAGCCAAAUCAAAGACGAAUUUCAGACCCUCAAUAUCGUGACACCCCACGUCCGGCCCGAGGACUGCAGCAUCGGGCUCCUGCCUCGGAACCAUGAUAAGAACCGGAGCAUGGAUGUCCUGCCUCUGGACCGCUGCCUGCCCUUCCUCAUCUCGGUGGACGGAGAAUCCAGCAACUACAUCAACGCGGCGCUGAUGGACAGCCACAAGCAGCCCGCGGCCUUCGUGGUCACGCAGCACCCUCUACCCAACACCGUGGCGGACUUCUGGAGGCUGGUGUUCGACUAUAACUGCUCCUCCGUGGUGAUGCUGAAUGAGAUGGACACUGCCCAGCUCUGUAUGCAGUACUGGCCUGAGAAGACCUCCGGGUGCUACGGGCCCAUCCAAGUGGAGUUCGUCUCCGCAGACAUCGACGAGGACAUCAUCCACAGAAUAUUCCGCAUCUGCAACAUGGCUCGGCCUCAGGAUGGGUAUCGUAUAGUCCAGCACCUCCAGUACAUUGGCUGGCCUGCCUACCGGGACACGCCCCCCUCCAAGCGCUCUCUGCUCAAAGUGGUCCGGCGGCUGGAGAAGUGGCAGGAGCAGUAUGACGGGCGGGAGGGACGCACCGUGGUCCACUGCCUAAAUGGGGGAGGCCGCAGCGGGACCUUCUGUGCCAUCUGCAGCGUGUGUGAGAUGAUCCAGCAGCAGAACAUCAUUGACGUGUUCCACAUCGUGAAAACGCUGCGGAACAACAAGUCCAACAUGGUGGAGACCCUGGAACAGUAUAAAUUCGUAUACGAGGUGGCAUUGGAAUAUUUAAGCUCCUUUUAGCCUGAUGGGAUGGGGAGCCUGCCGGAGUCCAGAGGCUGCUGCAGUCAAACCCCCUUUUCUGUGAAUGGCAGUGAUGGGCGAAGAGGCGGCACCUGGCCCAACUCCAAGGAGAAGACUGGUGGUCUCAUGCCUGGGGUGGGCCCUGCACCUUCUGAGGGGCUCCUGGAACUGGGAGAUAGGCUCUGAAAGGCCCAGGCUUCUCCUGCACCCCCACCGGCCACAGACGCGGACCCACAACAAGGCCCCGGACUUCCCAGUUCCCCGACCUCUUGCUUCUGCGCUUUCCAAGUGUGUGGACCUCAUGGCGAGCCAGCUGGGGGUGCUGGGAGAUGCAGGCUCGCUGUACCCUCCCGGGCCUGCUUCUCCUUGGGAGUGAGGGGAUGUGUCUCCGCCUCCACGCUGUGGGGGCAGUGACUGGGCUCUUGGGGUCCCUGCCCUGCUGCCCUCUGCAGUCUCCUUCAGUGACCUGGGGCUGUCCCGAGACCACAGCAGGGGCCCCAUCCUGCCCCCCUGCCUGCACGGAGCUAGCCCUCCAGCAUUCUGUACCCUCCCCAGCCCGGGCCUUGACCCUCUGUCACUCACGCCAGCCUGCUGGGUCCACAGCACUCUUGGAUAAAGGUUUUCUUUGCUUUUUUGUCCUCGGUGGGAGGGGGUGGAACUGCAGGGAUGGUGGCUGCUCCUCCUUGUCUGUGAAAAGGGAUCACUGCCCGGAGGCAGGGCUCUUGCUGACCCUUGGGUGGCGCCCCCUUUGGGAGAGAUGACAGGAUAAGAUUUGAUUAUUUUCCAAAGCAUAUAUUAAAAGAAACUUUCUUUUGGGGGAUGUAAAA